AAACUAUACAAAUAUUUUUUUACGAUUGCAACAUUACCGAAAUCAACAAGCGGUGAGGUUGUGUCGGUUUUUUCGGUGAUAUCGAAAAUAUUUAUUUCCCGUGUAAUCUGUAGUAUUUUUUGUUACGACUUAUAUCUCAUUUUAAUUGAUUAUAUUGUGUCAGAAGGGCAAGUAAUUCAUUACGAAAAUGCACCAUUUUUCUGCAUUUUUCGAGUGACAGAUGUUCCAGUGUGAAAUCGCGCCAGUUUUACGCUCAUUAGCCUAGUAAAUCCUGUGAAAAAUGGAAAAUUAUAAUGAAAUUAAUACGAGUGAUGUCUCCACCUCUAAUGGAACAGGGUCACCAGCUAAACCGUCUGCUGAUGGAGACGGCCCUGGCCGAGAUACGUCACAGACACUUUUCCCUGAGAGCCCAGUGUAUGAGCCGGAAGAAGAUCUGGAAACGCAGCCUGCUGAUGAGAAUGUCGUCUCCUCUACUGAUGACAAGGCAGCGGACCAACAAAUUGAAACCAAAGCUUCAACACCAGCGCAAGUUAAAAGGAAGUUGAGCGACGAACCAUCAGACAACAGUGCAAAAAUACAAAAACUGGAACUGGCAGCCGACGAAUUUGCCGUAUCAUCGCAAAGUUUAGACGCAGAAGUGUGUGAGAUCAGUUUCGGCUCAAAACGUAAGCUUGAGGACCCAUUACCAUCGACAUCUCGCGUGAGAACCCCCGCUGGAUCCAGCCCAAGAAAAAUAACCAAACGGAGCAACAGCACAGAUAUUUCCACCCCAAAAACGCCAAGAACACCCAGAACCCGACCAGCUAGUGCCGACAUAACAAAAUCGCGUAAAACGCCAAGAAAAAUUCAACUUGAUAAACUGAAAGAAGCUAUAACUGAAGAACCUAAGGUACAUACGCCGAGACCAAGUGUCGAAUUCGUCAAAGAAAUUCCACCUCCUUCAAAGGUUACCGAAGUCAUAGUAGAAGAGAGCAAUUCAGAGUUAAAUGACUCUCAAAACUUCCAUCUUGAGCUAUCACCGAAUAUGGACGAUCAAAUCAAUGAUGAAAAAGCUAAAGUACAAUACAGCAGUGAUCCUGUUGUGGUUAAAGAUAGAGUGGAAAUUCUAAAUCCUGGAAUGAUCAAAGAAACACACAGCGAAGGUUACAAAUACUCUGAUCAUAGCUUAUCUCAGUCCUUACCGAAAGAUUAUAACAAAGGCAAAACUACCGACCAAGAAAGUACUGACAGUGUAUGCUCAAUCAUUGAAAGUCCAGACCAUAUUCCUCAAAGUGCAGCUUCAAAGAUUAUUUCUAAAUUAUCAAACGGCAACUCCUCGACUCCUACAGAAAUAUUAGGUCAUACGAAACGUAUGUCGACAGAUGAUAGUGACAGUACGCCAGAUAUGAUAAAAUUGAAUGGAAAUAAAGGGAAGAGAUUAAAAAACGAAUCUUUUAGAGCGAGCAACACUACCACGCCGUCAACAAUUUCUCCAUUGCAGAACGGCCACUCAUUGCCUAUAAAUACUCCUCAAAUUCCAGUAUUUGAUAUUCACGUGAGUCAUAAUGAGGAUUGCGAAUUCUUAUCACUUUAUGUUGUGCGAACAGAUAAUGAUUUAGGCAUGGACAUGUGUAAAGAAUAUCAGAGGAUUUCAAAGAGAUUUACCAUCGAUCCUUACAUGGCUGAUGUCUCUGUAAGCAAUUCACCGUCAAGUGUUACUAGUGGGGGAAUGAUAAACUUACCAAAUAGAACGUCUUUUGCUUCAACUGUCAGCUCCAUGUCAACUUCAAGUAGCAAUCGCACCAGUGACGGCGCUUUCGUGGUCCCACAGCCGCCACGCAAAUCUGUGUCAAAUCCCUCAACCUCAGUCAAAGGGUAUGAAGCCUUAAUGAAGAAGCUACAAGACAUAUUUUCGCAUAUACGUGAAACGUCAGUUGACGACGGAAAUCAUUCGUUGAACGAUGAAAAGGUGUCAGUUGGUAUACAAGCUUCACUGUCAAGUGAUUCAUCAAAUCAGACCAAUGGAAAUGCGAGUCCCGAUGAAGUAGGCAAGUGUGAUAAGGCGACUCCUAAAAGUUCUCUGAAAAAGUCAAGGGUGAGAGGUCGGCGGCAUAUAGCGGGGAAGACAAAACGCGCGAUUUUACCAACACAACAGGAAGAAGCCGAAUAUAUGCAUGGUAUGAAUUCGCCUGAAAUGGUGCAGUCUAAUGGGGACAGUGGGAAGAUGUCACCUAAAUCUCCUAAAGAUGAGAAACCGUUGUCUUCUCUAGUGGCGACACCUAAGUCUGUCAGCAAAUUGAAACAGAAGCGAAGGCCUACAUCGCCAAGGCCCGCAACUCCAGUAGAAAAGCCUGUAGUUAAGCAAGAAUAUCCGGGCUAUCCGGCUGAUACGGUUGUUUUGGCUAAAUGGGUUGACAAACGGUACUAUUCAGGGAGAGUUAUAGAGAUUACAGAGCCAAAUAAAUACUUGAUCAAAUUUGAUGAUGGGCAUUCGAAGGCGUUGUUGGAUGAUUUCAUUAUAUUCGGUGAUAUGAAGACAUUGCCUUUGCAAGGGCAGUCUGUGUACGCUAUGGUGGACGAGGAGCAGAAUUAUGAGCCGGGGUUGGUGAUGGGGAUCGAAGAAAAUGAUAGUGGGACUAUCACUUAUCGCUGCAUCACUGAUGGGGACUCGCAAGUAAUGGUGACCGCAAGUGAGUUAUAUCUAACAGAAGAUCAAGCUAGGACAUUGAAGGAUGCGACUCGACCUCGGUCGCCCGGAGCGCCAUCUACUCCGCGACGGCGACAUAACAGGGAACUAGACCUCGACAACAUUAUACAGGGCCCGCGCAGCGCCCGCAGCCGCGACAAGUCCGGCCACAACAGCGCCAGGAGGAGGGUCGCCUCGCCCCGGAGCCCCAAGGCCUCCACCUCGGGGGUGAAGUCGUCAAAGAGCGCGGUGGUGAGUCGCAAGCGGCUAGCGAGCGAGAGCAGCGAAGUGAGCGAGGGCAGCAACCCCGCGCUCGCGCCCGCGCGGCUGGAGGAGGUCGCCGGCGUCGAGCCCGAGGUGCAGCGCACGCCCAGGAAGAUUGACGGGGUUAAAGCCGGUCCCCUACAACUGAAAGGAGCAGCGAAACAAAACAUAGGCAAGAAGAACUCAAAACUGACUUUAUUUGAUGAAGACACGGUAUCAGUACUGGGGCCUAUACCCGGUGAUAAUAAACUGUUCUCCGGACUACACUUUCUGCUGACCUGCACUGAAACACCUAGGACUAGCGGCACUCAGAAACAGGAUAAGACAUCAAAACAGUCAUCAUCAGACCUGGCCGCGGUGCUCCACAGCCAAGAAACGAGGCACUAUUCGUCAGAAGAAGACGGUGAGACGACAACAUCUAUGGCCGGCACGGACACCGAAGAUUUGGAGUUCAGUGACCGACCGUUCAAUAAGGAACGGUUGAAGGAACAACUGGAGGCUGGCGGGGGUGUGGUGUACAGCCACUUCGACGACGUGCCAAAGAACAAGUAUUCAUCAUGCAAACUGAUCGCCCCCCGCCCGUGCCUCACCGCCAAAUACAUCCAGUGCCUCGCCGCCGACAUCCCGGCGGUGUCCCACGCGUGGGUCAUCUUCAGCUGCAUCAACAACCAGAGAAUGCAGUUGGGCUCCUAUGUACUGCCGUCCGGCUGGUCCAUUACCAAGCAAUGCUUUAUUAACUGGAAUCCACCAUCAGGCAAACGCAACACAACAUUCUUCAAAGACAAAACAAUCCUGCUCUGCGGAGACCAGGACACCUUCGUGAAGUUCUGGGAACGCGUGUGCACGUUGGCCGGGGCCAACACUCGAGUUGUUAAUGAAGAAGAUCUGAACACAACCGGAGCAAUCGCUUUGGUUACUGAGUGGGAUUGCCCGCAUGAAGUCCAAAACAAAGCGAACCAAGACAUGAUUCCGCUUGUUUCGACAUUCUGGGUGAUACAGUGUCUGAUCGAAGCCAAGAUUCUGCCCGCAAACAGCCACGACCGGUUCUCGUUCAUGUACGCGGAGCCCGAAUGAUCCUGGGACUUCGACAAGAUCCUCAUCAUACGUGAAAAUUGACACUUGAGGACGCGCCGAUAUCAGGACGCUUAGUGUAGUGAAGUGAAUUUAAUGCUAGUUUUGGUGACUCAGAUCUUUAAUGUUAAGAUAAUUUCAGUAAAUAAUAAUUUUAGGAAUGAUUUUAUGUUGUUUGCAGAUUUUUUUGUUGUCUCUAACAUAUUUACAGUCUGUAAAAAAAGUGGUGAAAACUGAUUUUUAACGAAGUACAUUUUUUGUCAUUGCAAUACCAAAUAUAAUGGUCAAGAUUGACCCAGUGUUGCCAGCAAACAGAAGACAGUACCCUUAUUUUUCUUUACCACCAAAAUGGUGGUGCCAAAAUUACUUAUUUUUUAUCCUUUUCAACAAUUUUUUACAGUGUUUGGUUUGUUUGCACGUUCGUAAGAGUUUAAUUUUGAAUUACGGCAAAAAAUUUUGUCUGAAUAGUGUAUAGUCUUAUGUUAAAGAUCUUAGUUGGCAAACACACAUAUAAACCGUUAUAUAUCAAAGAAUUAUUCAGUGUCUAGUGUUAGUGAUAUUCUUACCUAUAUAUUGCAUUUUCUAUUUGCAUCUAGAAGUUACUGAAAUCAAAAUGAGCCUAAUGAACAUUGUUGAAAAGCUGAAUGGAGUUAGGUAGAUAAUUAAUCGUGUAUUUUGUGAAUAGCAUUUUAAAGAUGAAGAAAAUCUAGAAUGAGUUGCUAACAUGACUGAAGACAUACAUUCAUGGAGAUAUUUGAUGUGAAUGUUUACAUGUAAUCCCUAAUUGUUCUUAUACAAAUCGAGUUGUAAGUAUGUAUGUAUUAUUGUUUCCCCAUAAUGUUUACGUACCUAAUUUAAUUUCAAAAUUAUCAUAAAAUGUACUGUUUCUAAAUGUCAAUCAAUGUGAGAAAAUUUGACAUUACAAUAUGGAAAUAAUGACUGAUGCUUAAACAGAAUAGGCUACUGUUAUGAUAAUUUAUGUCAAGUGAUCACAAUUGAUAAGAUGAUGAGAGAAUCUGCAAUUUGUCGAUAUCAAGAUAUAUAAUAACCUAAUAACGUAUUCACAAAUCUAUUUAUCAGAAAAUAAAUUAUUUCUGUCAUCCAUGAAAAUUUACACUUCCCGGUUGUUAUAAUGACACAUUUGAUUCAAAAAAUAUUGAUUAUUAUCUGUAAUUGUAAUUGAUUAAAAAACAAUGUGUUGAUAUUAUGGCUGGGAAUUGUAUGACCAAAAUAAUAUUGUUAUAUAUUAGUACAUACUAUUUUAAAGUAUCACUAUUCAUUUACCAUUAUAAGGGCAUAUUUAAAGACAUUGAUAAAUUAUAUUGUGAUGGGACAGAUAAAUUAAAUGCUAGAUAAAUCUGCCUUUUUUAGCCGAUUUGUAAUACGUUAUGUUCGACAUAAUACAUGCUGACUAAUAGAAACUUUAUCAACAAGCGGUGAAACAGACAAUGUGGAAUUAUUGGCUGUAAACUAUAUAUAAUAUGAUUUAAUUAACUAAUCAAAUUCAAGUCAUGUUCAUUUAUUACUUCUAUAGUUACAAAAAUGAUCUUUUUCUGACUGUCCCGGGUCUUGGAUGUUUAUCUAUAUAUGUAUUUGUUAUAAAAUAUAGUAUCGUUGAGUUAGUAUCCCAUAACACAAGUCUCGAACUUACUUUGGGGCUAGCUCAAUCUGUGUGAUUUGUCCUAAUAUAUUUAUUUAUUUAUUAUAUAAACCACAUAAUGAUUUCACGUGGGACAUCAAUUAUUGUAAAAAAAAUCUGUGUAUUUUUCAAAAUAUUUUGACUAUGUAUUUUUAAUCGAUCAGACUUUUCAAUGACUUAUACGAUGUAGAUAUAGUAAUGUAUUUAAUCUCAUUGAUAUACAUAAGUGUUGGAUGUUUUAAUAAGCCGAAAACAAAUAUAUACUUAAUAUGGAAUACAAAAAUAUUUUUAUCAAUGUAAAGUGGACAAACAAUACAAUUAUUGUCAUUACACGUAGCUCUUGAACUUGUUAAUGUCGUCAUUAUAAUGUAAGAAGUAAUUGUACAAAGGAAUAUAUUUAUCCAUCAACAAAAUAGUCAGUUUUUAAUCGUUCGGUGUUAUAGAACAGAUAAUAUAACUUAAUUCAAAUAUUAGUUGCGCAGCUAAAGUGCUAAACAUAUCUUUUUUGUUUGCUAUCUAUCAACAUUGAAUUGACAAAAUUAUUUCGCAUUACCUUUAUACAUUGUGCAUUAAUUUGUAUUACUUGAAGGAAAUUUAGCUAAAUGAUUCAAUAUUUGACCUAAAAUACCGCCUUUGGUUUCGAUUUAGGUCGAAUAUCCUAUAUUAUAAUGUGCCGCUGCAUGGUAGGUCAUUGUUAUUAAUUUGCUCCAACCCAUUAAUAAAAAAUAGUAUAUGCGGACCUAGACAAUGUAGCCUACUACUAGACUUAUGUAGCCUACUAGUAGACUUUUAAUUUAAGUAUUUAUUAGUGAUCGCCUAGUUUAACUGCUUCGCAAUUCUGUAUCAAUGAUUUAUUAUAAUUAAGCAUUUAUUACCAAGUAAUUAUGCGUUAUUUUGUUAUUUUUGUAUGUCUUUAUUGUUUUUGCUUAUUUCCACUAUCAUGUAUUUUUGGAUCAGUAUUUUUAUUUAUCUAAAUUUAACGAACCAUAGUCACAAAUUAGGAUAGUUUGUAGUGUGUACAUUCGAUAACAGUCUAUGUACAUCAUAAAUGCGUCUUUAGAAAUAUUAAAAAAUUAUAAAAAUUCGAAUACAUUACAUAAGGAGUGAAAGGGGUUGUUUCGAAUCUGAAGAAAUAAAUUCGUUCGUACUCUCGUUAAAAUUAAUGCAAAAUGAUAAACCGAAAUUUAUGUUUAAAUAUGAAUAAGUGACCGACCAUUCCGCACACUAAUGCAUGAAGUUAAAUUAAAAGUUAAGUUAAAUUGUAUCUAAUUUUUAACUUAAUUUAUUUAUAUUCAUAAUAGUGUAGGCCAUUAGUGUUGAGUUUGUAACAACCCCUUUGACAUUUAAUAAUGUAAGGAUAAUUUUAUAAAAUCUUUUGAAUUGUUGAUCUCCGGACCAUUAACCUAUUGCAUUAGUUUUCUAAAUCUAAAGAUUUUUGGAUGACUAUUAAACUAUUACAAAUUAAAAUAAGGUUUGUUGUAAAUAUUAAUUGUAAGUGUUUCAAUUGUCGAUAUAAUUGUGUAAAAUUGACCAUUCUCUCAUUAGUUUUAGUCUACGUAAGCGUACAGCCUUUCAGAUAUCGUUUUGGUAGAUCAUGACUAACAUGUAUCGAUUUUUUAAUGUUUUUUUUUUUUCGAACACACACUUAAUUUUCUAUUUCGUUAAACAAUAUCAAAAUAAUUGAAAAAAAAAACAAUGUACACUUCUGUUGUGAUUAUCAAUUUAUAAUAAAAAAAUAUGACUUAAAGUUUUUUCUAUUUAUCUAGUAGGUGAUUUAUUACCUAAAUAUGAUUGUUUUUUGGUUUUCUAUACACAACUGAAGUUAAUUGCGAUAUUUGAUAGGUUGUAUAAAAAUGUACUCCAUAUUUGCAACUAAAGCCAAAUCUUACUGUAGUUGGCUGUAAAAUGUUGUUCUUGAAAUUAUGUUCAGAGUUGAAAUCGAGAUCUUUGUUGUAAAAUUAAUAUCUCUUAUUAAGGUCAAAAUGCGCUGGAUAUAAGAUUCUUCCAUUGGAGAAUAUUACUGCGAUAUUUUCGGACCAUAGGCUUCACACUAUGGCUGAGGAAGUAACUGGGAAAAUGCAAUGAGUCUGCCAAAUUAUCUCGCCAGAGUGCAGCACUAGCUUCAAGACAUGUAGCAGAUUUGAUAUUGACAAGUUUGUCGAAUGACAUUAACUUUUGUGCUCCAUGUUUACUAUAUGCCGCCAUAUUGUGGAAUAUUCUUUGUUGGUCAAUGGUAUUAGUUGUAUCUAAUAUCUGAAAGGCUCUGUCCUGUUAAAUACAUUAAAAAAUAAUUAUUAUUUUUCAAGUGAUAAAAAUGUAAUCGGUGAUAUGUAUUUUUAAUUUAUCGUUUUGAAAAUGUUACAAUGUCGGUAUUUCACUAGAUUUAUGAAUUGUACGCUGCAUUUUUUUCUACAUACAGGGUGAAAUCUAUAGGUUUCUUUAGGUAUCAAAUAGGUUAAGUUUAAUAAGCCUGGUUACUAUAGUUUGUCUUGAGGCUUACAUAGCUGUGUUAUAAUAAAAUAAAAGUUCAAAUUGAUAUUGUAAUAGCAUUCAAUCCUCCCUGUCUUCAUGAGACGGAUGUUAGACUAAAGAUACACAUCAACUUAUUCUUGCUAUCGUUAUGGUAACAAAAUUCCAUUUCAAUUUUAAUUCCAUUUUAAUUUAUUCCAAUUCCAUUUUAUCGUUAUGGUAUCAAAAUUUCCGCGCGGAAAGAGAUACAUAAAUCUAAUUAGCUCCUCUAACAAAUACGGUUACCGUAAUGAUGAUAACAUUUUUAUCAGCAGGGCAGUCCAACUAGUUGAACCAUUAGUUGGACUGAGCUUUAUGCGCAGUCUACAGUAGUCGGGAAAACAGACCUAUCGUUCCGCAGUGGAAAUACAGUUAUAAUAAUACUCGACAAAGAAUUAAAGUGGGAUCUAAUUUAAACCGAAAAACAUUUAAUAAUUUGUUAUCGUAAAUUCACUUAUAACAUCGGGAGGGCCGAAUGUUUUGUUCCCAUUGUGCGGCUAGACUGGAAUAGCCAGUCUCGGUUGGUUACAUCUAGUUUGGUUAUCUUCGGUUAAACCAAGGUCUAGCCGUUAUCAUCCCGACUAGCUGAAGAUAAGCAUAUCUAAGUUUAACCAUACGAGAAUGUCUUCACCAAGCUCUAGCCGCACUUAUAGGUACAUAGAACUGUAACCGUCAAAUCAUAUACGAAGUUCAUAUGGACUCUGCAAAUUGUAUUUAAUCUUGAUAGUUGUAUACAACCAAAUCAUUUUAAAAUGCUUCCUUUUUUGGUUAUUUUUCGCAAACUCUGUUUUGUAUGGAGGAUAAACGCUUCACGAUAUUUUUUUGCAUUUUUGGUGAUGUUGUUUUUAUGUUUGUUUUGUUAUGUGUUGUAUAUUCGGUGUAUCGAGUCAGUAGCAUGUAACGUGUAAAAUAAAUGAUGGAAAUUA